CCGAGCGGGACCGCAACGCCUCAGCAGUCACGUCAGACAGCUGGGAUGGACAACAAGGCCUUGGAGCUGGACUCGGUGAGCAUCCCGAUGGAGGAGGGCGUGUUGUGUAACGGAGCCAGUCAGGACGCCUCCAUGCUCACCCACCUCAAGAAGGUGGAGAACCAGAUCACCGACGCUCAGCGCUUCUCACACCUCCCCAAACGCUCGGCCGUCGACCUGGAGUUCAUCAACGUGUCCUACACCAUCCAGGAGGGGCCCUGCUGGAGGAGGAGAGGAUUCAAAGCUUUGCUGAAGUGCCUGUCUGGAAGGUUCUGCAGUCGAGAGCUGAUCGGGAUCAUGGGGCCCUCAGGGGCCGGCAAGUCCACUCUGAUGAACAUUCUAGCUGGGUACAGGGAAUCAGGGAUGAAGGGUCAGAUCCUGGUCAACGGGAAGCCCAGGGAGCUGCGGACCUUCAGGAAGAUGUCCUGCUACAUCAUGCAGGAGGACAUGCUGCUGCCUCACCUCACAGCGCGGGAGGCCAUGAUGGUUUCAGCCAACCUGAAGCUGGAUGAACCCAUGGACGUGAAGAAAGAGCUGGUCAAUGAGAUCCUGACAGCUCUGGGGCUCCUGGACUGCGCUCACACUCGCACCAGCUCGCUGUCUGGCGGUCAGUGCAAACGUCUGGCCAUCGCCCUGGAGCUGGUCAACAACCCGCCCGUCAUGUUCUUCGAUGAGCCCACCAGUGGCUUGGACAGUGUGUCCUGCUACCAGGUGGUGUCUCUAAUGCGCUCUCUGGCUCUGGGAGGACGAACCAUCAUCUGCACCAUUCACCAGCCCAGUGCCAAACUCUUCGAGAUGUUUGACAAGCUCUACAUCCUCAGUCAGGGUCAGUGUAUCUACAAAGGUUCGGUUCCGUACCUCAUCCCCUACCUGAAGACUCUGGGGCUGUACUGCCCCACCUACCACAACCCGGCCGACUUCAUCAUCGAAGUGGCCUCAGGAGAGUAUGGAGACCUGAACCCGGUGCUGUUUGAAGCCGUCCAAGGUGGAAUGUGCGCUUUAGAGGAGAAGAAGAGUCCGUGUGACACCAACAGCUCCUCGGUCUGUACGGCAAAGUGCACCAUGGAUGGAGGGCACAUAGAGAGUCAUACGUUUGCCACCAGCACUCUGACACAGUUCUGUAUCCUCUUCAAGAGAACCUUCAUCACUAUAUGUCGAGACCAGGUUCUGACCCACCUCAGACUGAUUUGCCACAUCUCCAUAGGUGUGUUAAUAGGUUUGCUCUAUCUCAACAUUGGCAAUGAUGCCAGCAGGGUCUUUAACAACACUGGAUUUCUCUUCUUCUCUAUGCUCUUCCUCAUGUUUGGGGCACUCAUGCCGACGGUGUUGACCUUUCCUCUGGAGAUGUCAGUGUUUCUGAGGGAGCAUCUGAACUACUGGUACAGCCUGAAGGCGUACUGCCUGGCCAAAACCAUGGCUGAUAUUCCAUUCCAGGUGAUCUGCCCCAUCAUGUACUGCAGCAUCGUGUACUGGAUGACAGAGCAGCCACCUGAGGCCAGCCGCUACCUGCUCUUCAUCGCUUUGUCCAUCUGCACCGCCCUCGUGGCCCAGUCGCUGGGCCUGCUGGUCGGCGCCGCCUCCACCUCGCUACAGGUGGCCACGUUCGUGGGACCCGUCACAGCCAUCCCAGUGCUGCUCUUCUCCGGGUUCUUCGUCAACUUUGACACCAUCCCCAAGUAUCUCCAGUGGAGCUCCUAUGUGUCCUACGUCAGGUACGGCUUUGAAGGCGUGAUCCUGUCCAUCUACGGGAUGAACCGCUCUGAGCUGGAGUGUCCGGGGAAGGCCUGUAAGUUCCAGCAGCCUGAAGAGGUGCUGCAGCUGCUGGACGUGGAGGACGCCAAGCUCUACGUCGACUUCAUCGUCCUGGGCGUCUUCUUCCUCAUCCUGCGGCUCGCCACUUACCUCGUCCUCCGUUACAAGAUCAAGCCUUAG